GUGAUGAUGAACUUAAGCCUUGCUUACGUAAUAAACCCUUUUUACCUUUAUAAAUAAGAAGCUGUGCUGUUCGGCCGUAACGCAGAGACUCAAAGUUCAGAGGAUCAAAGAGAAAAGAUUGUGAAGAGCAGAUUUAAGAGAGAGAGACAGAGACAGAUAGUGAGUGAGGAAUGGAGAGAGGAGGUAAUGACUCAAACAAGGAAGAGUGGUUUUACUACGGCGCGUGCAUGAAGAACCACGCGGUUGCUUUGGGCGGAACUACCCUGGACGGUUGCGGCGAGUUCUCGCCAAAAGACGAUACACCAGACUCACUAUUUUGCUCGGUAUGCGGCUGCCACCGGAAUUUUCACAAGCAAACUCUGUUCCUCUACUCCCCAGAUCGGAUAGAAGAGCGGCCACCAUCACCACCGGCUCCACCGGCACCGGUGCGGCCAGAGGUGCCUCCAGUAGUGCAGGUUCCGUCGGAGGAAGUAGAGAGAGGACAGAAGCAGCAGCAGGAUCAGACGAUGGUAGCAACAUCAACAGUGGUGGCUUUUCCGGCACAGAAUGCGAUGGCGGAAGUGGCGGAGCCGGUGGUGAAGAAAAGGCCGAGGACGAUCUUUACAGAGGAUCAGAAAACGAAGAUGAGUGCUUACGCUAAUGAUCUUGGGUGGAAUAUGGUCCGAGAAAGGAGUAGCGAGACCGAUCGCUUCUGUUAUGAGAUUGGGGUGUCAAGGCAGUCAUUUAGGGUUUGGAUGCACAAUCACAAGAACAGCUCUAUUUCUGGACCAGCUGAUGAUGCUGGCAGCAGGAAUUGAUGUUACUUCAUAAGAUUUAUUUCUUUUUUAUGUGAGUUGUCUGAAUUCAUAAACUAUGUAAAGAGUCAAUUCUAUAGUGUUUGUUCUGUUUUGAUCUGUUUUAAUGUGUCUAGGAAGGGAGAAUCAUGGAGGGGAAGAGUAAACCCUUCUUAGGAUUGUCAAGCUUAGGAAUUCCCUUUAUUUAUUUAUUUAUUUAUUAUUUUAGUGUUUAA